UGCAACAAGUAACCAGCUGUGGGCUACACACGUAUAUUAUUAGAAUUUAGUCAUGUUUUGUUUUUAACUCUUGGAUGUGUGGUUAGGAAUAGAAGCUUUGUAACAUUGCAGAGUGCAGAUCAGCACACACAUGACAUCAUGAAAGAAAAUUAACGCUGAGUAAAAGAGGCGGAAAAUGCUGAAGGACGAGGCUGUCAUCAACUGACAUCAGUCCACAGGGACAACUCCAUUUAUACAAAGCAGCUCUGUACAGCAAUUAACUAUGAGUUCUGAGAAGUUCUUAAUUCCUGACCUGACCCAAGAGGAACAAGACAUCUUUCACAAUGCAUUCGCUAAAGACCUUGAGAACCUCAAGACAAAUGCAGCCAUCAGCUAUUCCUUCAGUGACAUCUUUGUGACAAUCUGCAAAAUGCCUUCUCUCUCCAUACUGAAAGAUAAGGAAGCCCAAAAUAUUCUUGAGUUGAGUGAUCUACACAGCAAACGGAAGGCCGUGCUGACUUAUGCAGAUGAGAGAGGUUCAAGAGCAUUGGUGGUAUUUUACCUGUUACUACACAUAAAGGAUGAAACUGCCUAUAAAAAACUUCCCAGCUGCCAAGAAAACGAUAAGAAGAUGGCACUGCUUUCGAAGCUGAGAGACAAAUACCUAACUUCAUUAGAAAAAAAAGUAGCUGAGAUAUCACAAACUUUUACAAAACCUCAUUCUCAAGGUGUCACUAAACCGGUUGCUUCUGUAGCAGCUAGACCGCAUAUAACUAGAAAUCAUGGGGACACAGACAUUUCAGUGGAUGGUAAAGAAAACGACAAGUGGGACCAGAAAUAUAAAGAUAAUGAAGAUGACCAGCCCCCUCCCUAUGAUACAGUAAUGGCAAAUGAGGCGAAACAUUCAAAACCAUAUAGAGGACGUGGGGGAAUAAAAAGAGGCGAUGUAUUAUUUCAUUUCAUAACUCUGUGUUUCGCCCUGGGAACAGUUUUGGUGGUUGAACAUAACCUUUCAGAUUGGACAGUUUCUGCUGGAAUUGGGCUAAUUUCAUUUGCAUUUCUGGAAGCCAUCGGGUUCUAUUUUAAUUUUGUUAACAGGGUCCGUACUGUUGCACGAGCCAUUCUACAAUUCAUUCUACGAUGGGCCGAAAAAUUUCCACUAGGUUUUCUUAGAAAAGAUACAAAAACUCAAAUGAUUUUCCACAACUAGUCAGCUGGGUAUGUCAUCAAGAAAACCUUAAAGAAUCGGUAAUCAGAUGACAACUAAACUAAGUAUCAGAAAUGCUCCUUGGAAACAGAUGAACCAUCUCUCAAUUUAAACCUCAUCAACAAAAUGUGAAAGCCUGCUGACUGAAGGAUAAUGAAACAUAUAGAUAAUUUGUCACAUUCACCAUAGUGUCUAUACUGCAUACCUGGAAUGGAGGAAGUUGUGGUGGGUUACGUCUAUUCUUUACCUUAUGAAAAACAACCUGACAUUCUACUUGAAAUAUUAGUUUUUUUUUUUGGCAUACUGUAUAUUUUGUAUAUUGUCUUUAAUACUUAGGGUACCAUAAGACAUCAGUGAAGUAUUAAAAGUCACCACUGGCUAGCUGCCAGCAGGUUAGCGUUGACCAGUCACUAUUAUUCCCCUUUCCUUUAUUGUAAUGCUAAAAGCUUGCCAUACACCAGCAUAACUUAAUUUGAGAGCAUUUUAAUUUUAAGAAUGUUAAUUUGAUUUUCAAAUGGUUAGUAGGGUCUAAUCAAAUUUUUGUUUUCGACAACAGUGACAAGUAAAUUCAAAGCAGGAAAGAACAUUUUUCAGCAAAAUUUCUAAGGCUGGUUUCACACUGAUCUGCUGCAGUUUGGCUGCAGAUCAGGUAUACUGGCGGUUUAGAGUUGUUAACCUGCCCUUUCCCGUAGACUUCUAUUAGAUCGGACAGUUUUGGUGCGUUUUCUGAAAGUGCACCGCAAGUCCUGCAUGCAGUGGUUUUGGUGCGCUUUCGUAAAAUGCAUUAAAACCACCUGAUCUAAUAGAAGACUAUGGGAAAGUGUGGGUAACCUGCAUGAUAACCAUGGGUAUACCUGGUCUGAGGCCAAACUGCAGCAGAUCAGUGUGAAACCACCCUUACAGUGAAUGAGGUUUUUCUUCAGGAAAGUCCAUUCACUCCAAAUUGAAUGUUGAAAGCAAACAUUUUGUGAAGUACUUUCAAAUCAAAUACAGUAUAUUCAUGAGAAUUUUAGUAUGAAUUCUCAUUCAAACAUUUGUUUGCAAACCUACUGGUGUAUAGCCAACUUAAAAAGCAACCCAUAAACUUUUAUUUUUAGGGAUAUUGCCACAGACACAGAUGCCUGAGACCUGUAUGAUCAUACCUGCUGGCCUGGCUUAUCUCUAGUGUCAUUGGGCAGCUUUAACCAUACUUAUGGCAGUUCAGUGAAAGAGGGUUGGGGCACUUAAGCCUCAUUCACAGGUGCAUAGGAUUAUAUACAUUUCUAAAACACAUAAAUGCAUGCAAUAAGCUUAAAUUGUAGAAAGCACACUGUGCAUUUACUUGCAUUCAGGUGUAAUCUUUUUAGCUGCAUUUAGAAAAACAGAAAUCUUUGCAGCCAGAGGGAGAUACUCUGGGGUUAAUUUACUAUAGGCAAAUAGACUGCAGACUUUGCAAGAGUAGUUGCACUCUGCAAGGGCAUUUGCUCCAGAGCUUAGUAAAUGAGGGGAAGGUCUGCCGAAUUAUAUCCUCCAAUAAUGUGUAUGAAAUAUGCGGUUUUCUUAUUUUCCUUGCAUGUGAUUGAGCAUUGUUUGCAAAGUGAUGCUUCACCUCAUUUUCUAAACUCUGGAUUAAAUGCCCUUGCAGAGUGGAGUUGCCCAUGAAAAGUGCACAGUCCCCUCUGAAUGCAACUAAACAUGUGUAAACCUCAGUAAAUACAAGAGGAAUUGAUUUGGGAAGCAUGUUUUUUUUUAAACUUACCAGAUCCUUUUUUCCUGAGUUCAGUUAAAACAGACGCAGGAGGACCAUGUGAAUGAUAGAUUAUUGUACUAUCAGAGUAAAUACAAAUCUGCCUAAAUACCUACCAUGCACUCCAUUGCAGCCUAAUUUACCUGCUGGAGCCCCUCCUUAAAAAAAAUUGCUGUCUACAUUCUGACCCAACACUGGGUCAGAGCUUACACAGGGCUUAAGAUCCACCCAUACAGUAUGCGACAAUGAUAGGGUCUAAUGAUUGGCCACUUAGGCACUUGCUGUGGUGAAGUAGGACAGAGUUUUGUGGCACAACCACAUACCCCAAAUUACCAGAACAUGCUCUGUGUUACAGUGGGCAAAUAGGGUGGUGGAGAACAUGUGGAAGGUAUGUGCUGCUCCUCUUUUCUGCAUUGCCUGUAUUGUUCUAUUUUUUUUUUAUGUUUUCCAUAGAAUUUGUAACAUACAUACAACAUAAUAAAUUGAACUACAUG